AUGGCUUUGCCAAUGGUCUCUGGCGCUUACAAUCCCCACUUAGACCACUUCGACAUCUCAUUCAAUCGAUUCCAAAGCGACAAAUGCCAAAGCCAGUCCUUGGAGCACGGUGAUGGAGCCACGAUCCACCAGGAGAAGUGUCACCACUGGGAUGACGGCCAGACUUUCGACUCCUUCACAUUCACCUAUUUCGCCGAUAAAUAUUGGUCUCCGGACGAACUGCCGACAGACAGAGACUGCGCAGUGCUGAUCUAUGAGUACGAUCAUUGCGGUGGACGUCUGCUCUUGGAUAGAGAUCAGGCGAACCUUCCGGAAAACCUGGGAAAGUGUUGGUGGCUGCAUGGUAUGAAGGGAAGGAGUGCGAAGAUCACGUGCAGGAAGAGGGGCGAAGCCGCGGACUGGGAAAAGGAGAGGGCCUGGAAGACGCCGAUGGUGGUUACAAUCCCGGGUACCGUCGUUCCCAUCUCGACCGCUAGGACUUGA